CAUAUUUUUUUUCUAAUGCACCUGUUUUCCCCCCAAGACUUCUUGGUGGCUCUGAGAAAUGUAUCUUCCUUGGCCUGUUUUGGGGCAGGAAUGUUGCCCAGUAAUGAUGGCACAGAAGUAGAAGAUGCAUAUGGUGCUCCAAACCUCAAUACUAGUGCUAACCAAUCAGGUGUAGAGGUCAAGCUGCUAUGUGGGGCAGACCUUUUGGAAUCCUUUGCUGUACCAGAUUUAUGGUCACAGGAAGAUAUGGAGACUAUUGUUGGAAAGCAUGGUCUAGUGGUUAUUACAAGGAGUGGUUCAGACCCGUACAAGUUCAUCUAUGAAUCAGAUCUUUUAUUCAAAUAUUCAAACAACAUUCAUAUAGUAACAGAAUGGAUCAGCAAUGAAAUAAGCUCAACCAAGAUAAGGACUGCCCUAAGAAGAGACAAGAGUGUUAAGUAUCUCAUCCCUGAACCUGUUGUCAAGUAUGUCAAAGAAAAUGGACUCUACAAGGAAGCUCCGAAACAGACAGAAAAGAACCAGUGAAAAUGGAAAUUAUUUAUAACUGUUAGAGGAUAUAUCCUAAUUGUGGCAUGACUGUUCCAGUAUACUUGUGUCAGUCGAUUGAUUGUAAACUGUCUAUGAUACUUGUAAUCAAUCAAAAACAUGAAUACCAAUUACUGAAAAAAAAUAUUGCUUGCAUGAGAGAUUGGCCUCUCAACUGUCAGCUUUAUCAUUGUUUGUACUUGACAUCUACAAAUUAUACAUGGGCUAAGAGUUAUUUCCCUCCCCCCCCCCCCCCAAUUUUUUUUAAGCCAUAAAAAUGGAAAAAGAUUGGUAAAAAUAAACAAAUCCGGUUUUUUUUCAGCUAUGAAAGUCCCUUUCGAUGAUCGCUAGUCUCAGAUAUAUAUUACCAUUUUGUUUGCGUCAUAUCAAAAGAUCCAUGCCACAUGCAAGAUUAGCCUCUACCAAUUUCCCUUGUCUACUGCCCUCUGUGACGAACUUUUGCCAAGCGCUAUAAUUGCCCAGGUACAAAAGCAAUUAGAUACUUAUAUCAGAUGCUGCACGGUAUUGGAAAUAUUUGUACCUGCUGUCUGUGCAUUUAUUUAUUUUAUUGAAUAAAUUGAGGAAGCAGGGUCUGUACAUGUUGAAGUAUAAAGUUUUUUUUUUUCAGGGGUGGGGAUAUUAGAAACUUCUGAAAUUUGGGUUUGCUGAAACCUCAGUACUCUGAUCAGUCCUUAUACAGUCCUUGGAAAAUCCCUUUAAAAAUAGAUUUGGUUAUUAUCUUCUUGAAAUAGAUUUUCCACUAGUAAAUGAUAUCUUUCUUCAACUUUAGCUAUCAGUCACGAUAUAUUCAAUUGAAUGUGGGUAAUCUUAUCCUGAAAUUACUUUCAAAUGCGACAGAUCUCCUCAGAUUCCCAGUAGCUUCUGUGUUACACACCAUUAUACUUUCAAUAUUUUUUACGAGUUCGGCAAAAUUUAUGCACUAAAUUUGAAUAUAUUGUGAAAACUGAUUGAGGUUUGACAAAAGUGCAAUCAAAACUGGUUGGAAAAAUGCUUAUGUGAUAUGGUGGAACUGUCAUAACCCAUUCAAUAUCAAUACAUUCAAUGAAUGCAGAAUGCAGUGUUUUGUAUGAUUUUCUUUUAAAUAUGAGGGUGGCCCCAAACUUUUGGCCAGUACUGUAUACAUUUGGUCUAUUUAUCUUGUAAUGCUAUGUGAACAAGUUUCAGGUAAGGCAUGGUUUUAUUUGUAUGACAUUGCCUUAACUUGCUGGUUAGAAUAUUAUUGAAAUAAUGAUUGUGCAAGGAUUACUUUAUCAAUAAUGAAAUCUAUUCAAAUGCUUACAUGCACAUAAUGAAGAAUAACUGCAAUUAUUUGAAGACAAUUGUGCCAUUCAAAUUAUCUAUUUGGAAUUUCAUUUUAUCUCCACAUUUUUAUUUCAGAAUAAUAAUUAUAAUAAUAAUAAGAGUAACAUUAAUUAUAGGUAAGUGAAAGCAACAUUCAUAAGGUACUUUAUUACAGGUGUUUAGAUGCCCACCGAUGGACUGGUUAACAAAUUCCCUAAUACAUAAUAAUUAAACCCAACUAUUUUAAUUAUUUUUAAUGAAAAUUAAAAAUAAACUAAAGUGUGCAUCUCCUGGGUAUUACUGAUUAGAAAGUAAGUCUCAAAAAUGUUUAAAUAUUUUCAUUGAUAGAGCAUUCUAAAUAUGGUUUAGGACUUUCUUGAGGACGGUAGGUGCAAUGACAGGGAAAGAAUGAUCAUGAUAUUAGUUUUUUAUGCAUUGGCUGUGGUCUGAUUUUUAAAAAGGAUUUGAUAUAAAAAAUAAAAAAAACAUUAAAAAAAAUGAAAGCCAUUGUAAGAUCCAUGUCACAAUGUGAUAAUAUUAUUUUUAAAUCACAUUGUCACAGAGAGAGUUGCAAGUGAAAAUUAAGGUUCUCAUUAAAGCUCAGACAUUUCUCAAAUGUUGUAGAUGUGGGGUGGUCAGUAUGUUUUAGUCAGCUUGCACUGAGCACUGUUGAAAAAGUGGUAGCUCAACUGAAAGCUGGAGUAAUAAUAGUUGCGCUUUGUAUAACCAUGCAACGGCGCUAUACAAAUCCAGCUAUUAUAUUACAAUUAGAUUAGGCAUUGAAAUUAUUAUAGGUGAGCAUCACCUAUAGAUCCAAAUGCAAAAUUAAGCAUAAUUGAAUUUAAAAAAUGUCAAAUACAUCUGUUGAACAUAGGCUGAUCCUUUUUAUUGAUAUGCAUACAGUAGUAGCCUGUCCUAAGAGAAGAGUAUGCAAUGAUUUGAAUACUGCCACUUACCAUUAACCUGUAUUUAGUUAUAGAUAAUACUUUGACCCAUUCAUCAUUUCUCCCAAUAUUUUAUUUCUUUUAGUUUGUGCGAUCUCUCUGUGUGUUUAAUUACAUUGAUAUAUAAUGAAGAAUACCAUGGCGUUCUUGAAUACUAGCCAUUUAUCCUAAAAGAAUCAUUACACUUUCUAAAUUGGCAACAUUUGGGCAUUUAUGUAAUAAUUUUUAUGAUUGUAUUUUUUAGUUAUGGAGGAUGGUAAAAUUUAUAAUGGUUGCCAAUUUGAGGAGUCGCUCUUAUAAAGAUAGUCCUCAGAAAGUUAUGUACAUCAACAAGGGUUUUGGGGGGUUCGUAACUAAUCCUACAAUUUUUUUAAAUCAUGAAGUGUUCCACCUCUAUUACAUUUAAAGAAUUUGUUUCAGAAUAUCAAAAGGUGCUGUUUAAUGUAUUUUGUCGUAAAAAUCUUUACCUUCUCUUUUUGUUAUUUAUUAGAAAUAUGACAAAAGGGUUAUAUGAAAUUAGAGUGAAGUGAUUGUUGUGUAGUUAUAUAUUUUUACCUGUUAAUCAUCACCAGUACUACCAGCAAUCUUUCAUUAUGUUUGUUUGAUUGCAAUUAGUUAUGUUUUGUAUGUACUCCUGUUUAUUUUCAAUAUUACAGUGGGAUGUAAAUACUUAUAAAGAGAUCAACUCAGAAAUGUAUGUUUCUUGUAUAUAAUUCAUAGCAUUUAUAAGUUUGGAAUUACCUUGUUUAUCAUUUUAUUUGUAAUGAUCAUGGACGCAUUACCCCCUUGAAAUAGAGAUGUGUUCAUAUUCAUUUUCUGACAUUUAUACAAUUGUAUGUUAAAUUAUUGUUGUCUCGUUUGAUGAUUCCAUUGUUAAUUUAAACUUUGGUCUUAUAUGAUAUGACAAAUCUCAGCCACUUUUUUCAUAGUGUUCUCAUAUGGUGAGGCAUGUAUUUAUGUUCUAUAAUGGCCAAAAUUGCAUUGUAUGGAAAUAUUCUGUACUCUCUUUGUGCAUUUAUCUAUUUCUGAGGAGGUAAUUUUGACAUUUUCUUGGAAUCUGAUUUUCAUAAUUUAUCAUACUUUUUUUCUUCAUUUUAAUGAUUAUCUCUGAAUAGAACAUAAUGUUGAUAUACAAUGGUAUUGAUGCUUUGUUAAUGUAAUGCCCCCCCCCCCAACAUUCUGACAUCGCUACUGAUCAUUAUUUCAUAAACUUUUCUUUUAAGAAUUCUGAUCAUUUCAGCUUUUCUAAUACACCAGUAAAGGUGAAAAGUAGUAAUUAUUAAUCAGAUGUCCCAAUAUUUUAGACUGAAAAAAUAGGGUUAAUUUUGCUUUGAAAUAUGAAAGAAACAUCAUUUCUGAAUAUAGUGUGUAGUUAAACGGUUUUGAAAAUGAACAUUUUAUCAAAAUGAGCUUGCAAUAGUCAAACUUCAGAUUAUUUUCUUAAACUCAGAAUGGUUUAGUGGUCUUUCGAACAAAGGAAUGUGCAAUCUGUGCAUUAAAUAGGUGAAAAGAGUUAAUAAUUAUAUUCAUCUUUAUAAUUAUGCAUAGGCUAGUUGUAUAUUUCAACUUAAGCUUAUACACCUGAACAAGUCUGUGAAUCCUUUUGGGUAUUUUUUUUAUAUUUGUAUGUAAAGUCAUUCCAGUAGUGGUAGAUAUAAAUCAUUUUAAAUGAAAGCAAUUCUGUGCUUCUUCAUUUAGAUAUUUAGAUCUCUGGAGAUGCAAGGGAAUGAUGUCGAUAUAUAUGUUUCAGAGUAUAUUUUGAUUUUAGGAUAGAUAUAUAUACAUAUUUUUGCAUGUCUUCCACUCCAUCUGUUGCUCUUGGAUUCCAUGAAAAUUUUUCUGAAAAAGUAUUUUCCUUGAAGCAUUAUGUUCUCUUUAUAUUGGUUCUGUAUUUCAUUGUUUUGAUGAAAAAUAAGCUAAACUUAAAUUUCACAUGUUUUAUUGAAAUCUAAACAAACAUUGCGAAUCUUCUUUAGAGUGCGUACGUCUGUCUCAGUUUGGCAACAUCUCUUGAUAUCCUACAGAUCGAGUCGGUCAACUACAAUUUGUUGGUAUUUUCUCAAUAUCUGCCGUACUAUGAAAGAGUGAAUGUUUACAUAAGGACAAUAUGUGAUAUAUCAAUAUGCAAUGAAUGUAUAUGCUAUUUGAUAUUGUGCAGUUAAACUUGCAAGGUGUGCGUAAGAUCCUUGCGCCCAUCAGCAUUAUGACGUUUGCAUUGCUGAAACAGAAAAUUUACUCAAAUAUGUGUAACCAUCUUAGUUUUAAUGACAGAUGUUAAUAUAUAAUCAGAAACGUAGCAUUUUACACAGCUUAUAAUAAAAGAAACAAUUCAGGCAUGCUGUGUGUGAACAAUGUAGUUUAAUACAACAGUAAUUUCCAAACAUGCUUUUACAAGUGAAAUGUAGUGGAAAAUAUGUGAAGUAAUGUGUGCUUGAGUCACAUGUUUGCUGUGAUGUAUAUUUCUUUGAGGCAGUUUGUGAUGACAUAAUGUGAACACAGACUUAGGUGUAGAUAUUCAUGCAUGAUAUGAUGUACUAUUUCAUUCUGUGUAUAUGCCAUGCAGAACAUUCAAUAUUAUCAGGAUUCUAGAGAAUUGCCCUUAAUGUUUUCAUUAGCCGUGUGAUUUUUAAGUUAUGAUCACUUAAGUUUGUGAUUUAAGUAGAAAUGAGAGAAAAGUUUUUACCCUAAGAAUUUUCUUGAGAAUUUAAGAAGGCAUCAUGUCACACUUAUAUUGAGAACCACUGUUGAGGAGUUGGAAUAUAUCAUUGAAAUUUAUGAAAUUAACACAAAUCUAUAACAGUGAGGAAACUAUUUUUGUGGAACUCUGUAAUUUUUGUUUUGAGAACUUUGAUCAAUAGGUAAAUGAUAUUUUGGAUGAGCAAAUCGUUUGAAAAUGAAUUAAGUCUGCUUGUGAGAAUGCAGCUUUUUUGUCAAUGUUUAUGAUGAAUAAAUGCUUAUUGACAUGCAA